UCCAGAGUCGUCCGCUGCCGGGAAACCCGCCCAAGGCGCCUCUCCUAAGUCUUCCAAGAUGAGCUACACGCUGGAGCCGCUAAGCAACCCGUCUUACCGGCGGGUGGCCGAGAGCCGGACCACCUUCAGCCGAGCCAGCGGGUCGCCCUCGAGCGGCUUCCGUUCUCAGUCUUGGUCUCGGAGCUCGCCCAGCCCGGCCUCGUCGGCUUACAAGCGCAAUGUGGGCCCCGGGCGGACUUCCUACGGCUCGACGGUGCUGAGCUCCACCGACAGCCUUGAGCUGAGCCAGUCGUCGCUCUUCAACGGCGGCGUUGGCGCCGGCGCUGGCGGCGGGACGGUGGAGCUGAAGCUGAGCCGCUCCAACGAGAAGGAGCAGCUGCAGGGGCUGAACGACCGCUUCGCCGGCUACAUCGAGAAGGUGCACUCGCUGGAGCAGCAGAACAAGGAGCUGGAGGUCGAGCUGGCCGCCCUGCGGCAGAAGCAGGUGGGCCGUUCGCAGCUGGGCGUCGCCCUGGAGCAGGAGCUGCGCGAGCUCCGCGUGGCCCUGGAGCAGGUCAACCACGAGAAGGCGGCGCUGCAGCUCGACUCGGAGCACCUGGAGGAGGACAUCCAGCGCCUCAAGGAGCGCUUCGAGGACGAGGCGCGCCUCCGCGACGACGCCGACGCCAUCACCCGCGCCCUGCGGAAGGACAUGGACGAGGCGUCCCUGGUGAAGGUCGAGCUGGACAAGAAGGUGCAGUCUCUGCUGGACGAGGUGGCCUUCCUGCGCGGCAACCACGAUGAAGAUGUGGCCGAUCUGCUGGCCCAGAUCCAGGCCUCGCACGUCUCCGUCGAGCGCAAGGACUACCUGAAGACCGACCUCUCGUCCGCCCUCAAGGAGAUCCGCUCCCAGCUCGAGUGCCACUCCGACCAGAACAUGCUCCAGGCCGAGGAGUGGUUCAAGUGCCGCUACUCCAAGCUCACCGAGGCCGCCGAGCAGAACAAGGAAGCCAUCCGCUCGGCCAAGGAAGAGAUCUCCGAGUACCGGCGGCAGCUCCAGGCCAAGAGCAUCGAGCUGGAGUCCGUCCGCGGCACGAAGGAGUCCUUGGAGCGCCAGCUGAACGACAUUGAGGAACGCCACAACCAGGAUCUCUCCACUUACCAAGACACGAUCCAACAGCUUGAAAAUGAGCUGAGAGGUACGAAGUGGGAGAUGGCACGUCAUUUGAGGGAAUACCAAGAUCUCCUCAACGUCAAGAUGGCUCUUGACAUUGAAAUUGCUGCCUACAGGAAACUUCUUGAGGGUGAAGAAACAAGAUUCAGUGCCUUUUCUGGAAGCAUCGUUGGGCCAACAUUUACACAUAGGCAACCUUCCGUCACAAUAUCAACUACCAAAAUACAGAAAUCAAAAGCUGAAGCACCAAAACUAAAGGUCCAACACAAGUUUGUAGAAGAGAUCAUUGAAGAGACCAAAGUAGAAAACGAGAAAACUGAACUGGAUGAAGCUCUUGAAGCCAUGGCUGAAGAUCUGGCUGCUGAAACUCGAGCAGCUGAAGAAAAGGAGGAGGAAGUUCUAGAAGAGGAAAUCGUAGCAGAGGAAAAGGCUAAAGUAGCAGCUGCCAUCCCAGAAGGAGAAGAAGAAGAAGAAGGGGAAGAAGAAGAGGAAGGUGCAAAAUCUGAUGAGGCACAAGAAGGAUCAGAAAAAGAAGAAGAAAAAAGCGAAAAGGAAGAAGGUGAGGAAGAAGCAGAAGAAGAGGCCGGAGAAGGAGAAGCUGAGGAAGCUGAAGCUGAAGUAGCAGAAGAACCUGAAGGAGAUGUAGAAGAAGUCAUUGCACCAGAGAAGGUAGAAAAGAUGAAAACGUCUCCUCCCAAAUCACCCCCCAAAUCACCUGUGACUGAAGAAAGUAAAGAAGAUGGAGGUGGUGAUCAAGAGGGGGAGGUAGCAGAGGAGGAAGAAGGAACAGAGAAAGUAGAAUCCCCAUCAAAAAUAGCAUCUCCUGAAAAACCAAGCACUCCAGACAAAGGAUCUCCAGAAAAAGCAGGCAGUCCAGAAAAGGCUGGGACUCCAGAGAAGGCUGGGACACCAGACAAAGGAAGUCCAGAGAAGGCUGCCUCCCCAGAGAAGGCUGGGACUCCAGAAAAAGCUGGAACUCCAGAGAAAGCAGGGACUCCAGAAAAAGCUGGAACUCCAGAAAAAGCAGGGACUCCACAGAAAGCAGCCUCUCCAGAGAAGGCAGGAACUCCAGAGAAGGCUGCAUCUCCAGAAAAAGCAGGGACUCCAGAGAAGGCUGGAACUCCAGAGAAAGCAGGGACUCCAGAGAAGGCAGCCUCUCCCGAAAAAGCAGGGACUCCAGAGAAGGCAGGGACUCCAGAGAAAGCUGCAUCUCCAGAGAAAGCAGGUACUCCAGAGAAGGCAGCCUCUCCAGAGAAAGCAGGUACUCCAGAGAAGGCAGCCUCUCCAGAGAAAGCCGGUACUCCAGAGAAGGCAGCCUCUCCAGAGAAGGCAGGGACUCCAGAUAAAGCUGCUUCUCCUGAAAAGCCAAGCUCCCCAGUGAAAGAUGUGGAAGAGGUUAUCUCCACCACAAAGGCUUCCACCGUUGGUGCAGAAAAAGAAUCAAAAGAGAAAAGUGAGAAAACUUCCAAGGAAUCGACUAAAGAAGACAUAGCAGUCAAUGGGGAGGUUGACGAUAAGAGGGAGGAAGAAGAUGACUCCAAGAAAGAAGAAGACAAAGGUAUCAUCACCAAUGGUCUGGAUGUGAGUCCUUCUGAGGAGGAGAAGAAAGGGAAGAGUGAAGAGAAAGUCGUGGUGACGAAAAAAGUGGAGAAGGUCACCAGUGAAGGUGAUGGGACCACCACCUACAUCACCAAGUCCGUAACUGUCACCCAGAAGAUGGAAGACCACGACGAUACCGUGGCAGAGAAAGUGGUGUCCACCAAGACAGUGGAGAAGGUGACUUCUUCACAUGCCAUAAUCAAAGAAAUCAAGGAAAACGGUGACUAAAAAUAAUCAUUUCCCCUUCUCUAAAGAGCUUGGAUUGGUGCAAAAGGUUAAGCCAUACGACAGCUGCAAAAAUGCAUGAAAGUGGCGGCUUCUCAGCAGAACAGGUUCUCUCAUGGCGUCUCCAAAAGGACCGUUGGUUUUCUUUCUGAUCUAUUUAUGAUUUCUGUGCCAUACCAUACCCAGGGGUUGGGGAGGGGAUGCAUGCAAGCCCGGUGCACUCCCUCUGCAGAACUUUGGGGAUUUUCUUUUUAAAAAACAAAAUAUCAUGCAUGAGCUGUUACUCUUCCAGGGGAUGUUGCUGAAUUUUCCUAAGCUGCUGUUUGGACGCUUCUGAGGAAUGUCUUCAGAUGUAUUAUGCAAAGAAUAAACUGAGCCAAAUAAACAAUAACAAAAUAAUGAAUUUAAAAAAAAAUAAAUACCCUGAAUUCCCCUAGCCUUAAGCUACUUAACAAUUAUGUUUACCUCACUGGUGCAAUUAAGGUGGACUUCUGUCCGUGAGAGAACCUACGUUGACAUGCACAGUAUGCAACCUUUUGUUGUUUGAUGUAAAACAGUCACGGCCGUUUGUGCUCAAUAAAGGUCAUAUUGGAAAUGA